CGUUUAAACACAUGACUUCUGGUACCCGGACGAAACAUAACAAGCGAGCAGACCUGUGUUUCUGUCAGCACAAUAGUACUUUACGGACUAUUUAUUCAUAUCCACAACCUGUCUAUUAAUUUUGUGCAAAAUGAAGCUACGCUGUUUGGUCGUCUCAUUAUGUCUCGGUGUAGGGGUUAUGGCAGGAAAAUACUCGCGGGAGAUGAACGACCAUAAGCCGUCUGGGGGGGAUGGCAAGACUGUGGAAUUUAGGAUAGCUAAAUUGAACCAAGUGUGGGAGAAAGCUAUCAGGAUGCAGUUGCCUCCGGUGCGUCAGGCAGAGCUACACAGCGACCUGAAGAUCCAGGAGAAGGAUGAGCUCCAGUGGAAGAAGCUCAAGGCCGAGGGUCUGGAUGAGAACGGAGAGAGGGAGGCCAAGCUCCGGCGCAGCUUCAACGUGAUCCUGGCUAAGUACGGCAUGGACGGGAAGAAGGACACCAGGCCGCUGGAGUCCAACAACCUGAAGGACCACGACAGCAGGGAGGGGGAAAUGUUCGACGACCCGCGCCUGGACAAACUCUGGAACAAGGCCAAGACCUCCGGAAAGUUCUCUGAGGACGAGAUGGAGAGCCUGAAGAGAGAGUUUCAGCACCACAAGGACAAGAUCCACGAAUACAACAUUGUCAUGGAUACCGUUAGCAGGACAGAGGAGAUCCACAAGAACGCCAUAUCUCCUCUGGAGGGCGACGUGAAGGAGGACGUGCUCCACCAGAAGCACACGGACCUGAAGGACAAGAUGAGGAACCUGAACCAGGGCUUCGAACGCCUCCGCAAGCUCAGCCAUGAAGGCUUCAGCGAGGACAGCGAGUUCCGGGAGCCCCGUGUGAUUGAGUUGUGGGAGAUGGCCCGGACUGCCAACCUGACAGACGACGAGCUGGACUCUCUCAAGGAGGAGCUGCGGCACUUUGAGACCAAGGUGGAGAAGCACAGCCACUACCAGGAGCAGCUGGAGCUCUCCCACCAGAAGCUGCGGCACGUGGAGGCCCUGGGGGACCGCGAGCACAUCCAGAGGAACCAGGAGAAGUACGACAGCCUGGCGGAGAAGACCCGCGAGAUGGGCUACAAGAUGAAGAAACACAUGCAGGACUUAACUAGCAAGAUCUCCCGCCAGGGGCUGAACCGCAACGAGCUCUGAGCCUAGCCACCCUCAUCCUUUCCCUCAUCCUCCCUUUUAUCCUCACCCUCAUCCUCCAACAUAGCUGUCACACACACACCCCCCCCACUCAAACACACAUACAAAUACAGAUGAACACGUCCAUUGACACUCAAAAUCAUUCUUACAUACAAGCAUUCACUCACUGUCUCGCUUUUGUAGACCAAUGUGUAGGGAAUUAGUAUUUUGAUGAGCAUUUUCGAUUAAGAAGAUUUUCUAAUAUCAAUGAUGAUGAUGAACUGUUAUGAUUCAUGGUGUUGAUGAAACUGUAUAUAAGGUUAGACACUUCUACUGACCAUUUGUUCAUAACUUCUAGAUUAAUUUGUUGACUACCAUAUCUGAUCCCGGUCCUGCUUAUUUUCUAAAGGGUACUGUAAGGUAAGAGAGAGGUACUGUAGUCAGGUACUAUUGAACACGAGUUACUGGAAACGUUCUUAAUGAAAAUGUGUCUAUCAUGAAAUGAAAUGUCUGUCGAUAUCAAAGCAGUGUGAUUUUCUGCAUUGAAUUGAACUAUUGAUGACACACACAAGAAACAUUCCGCUUUGUCAUAAAAAAAAAUCAUUGUCAAUGUAUGAAGGUUUGUACCUUAACUUUGUGGUAGGAACCUUCAAACUUUCUUUUCAAUUAACAUUUUAUCUAGAUUUUUUAUAAAACCUACCAACAACCUAAUAAAAAAUGACUACAAAAUCUCCA